AUGAAGCUGCUGUUAAGCGCCACCCUCCCCAGGUUGCUCUUCCUGUUAGCGUGUCUCAGUGGGUGUGGCUUGGGACGUGGCAUACACCUGGGAACCUGCUCUGUCACCGUACACACUCACGAACUACGCAAGCACUACACAGAGAUACGGAGCUCUGUGAUAGCAGCAGACAGUCAGAUGGGAGUGAGACUGCUGAGGGGAGACGUGAUGAGGAACAUACAGGAGGGGGAGUACUGCUGUUUCCUGCGUCUAUUGCUACGUUUUUAUGUGGAGAGAGUGUUUGUUAGCCACGGCUUGUCUCAGCCACUGCACCGGCGCUCAACCAGCGCUCUCGCUAAUAGUUUCCUCACAAUCAACAAGGACCUGAGGCAAUGUCACUGCCACUGUGGAGAAAACACCAGGAGAAAAAUGGACUCCCUACAGGCCGAGUUUGACAAGCUGGAGAUCUACCAGGCAGCAGUAAAGGCUAUAGGAGAGCUGGACUCUCUACUGGACUGGCUGGAAGAACUCAAGCACAACUCACACACAACUCACACAGACAGAUAACACACUCAUAUAUGUUUAUAUGAACAUUUGUAAAUGUUGCAGUACAGAUGAUAUGUUAAAUUUUUGUUACCACAUAUAAUUUAUUUGAUGAGAUAAGUUUACCUGAAAGGAAUAUUUAUUAAGGUGUGUAUUGAUGCUAAUGUAUGUAUUAAAAGAGACAUAUGUCAGUCUCAGAUGGUUGUCUAAGUUCCAUAAAUAAUGGUUCUAUGAUAGUGUUAUUAACCAGUGUGAAUUUGACCAAACUGUCGAAUUUCACUACAAAUGACAUGUACAGUGCCUUCGGAAAGUAUUCAGACGCCUUGACUUUUUACACAUUUUGUUAGG